AGCUCUUCCCCUCUUGGACUGUUGCGUUAUCUUCCACAGGCUUCCCGCUCCCACUUCCCCCGCAACACCGGAGGCCCCGCUCUUUCGGAUUCGGAGGAGGGCUUCAGUGUUGUUCCCCACCACAAGAGACAAGCUCGACUUGCGAGCGACCAUGUUCCCUUGAGUGUUCAGAGUAUCGGCACGCGCAGCGAACACAAUUGUAAACUGUGAUUCCGAAGUGCCAUGUGAAAAGGCCUAUCGUUCGCUUCGGCGAGCCCAACAAUCGAGGACAUGUCCCCAAUGGUGGCGAUGGUUUUCACCAUUAUUGGAGUCGUACUAGCCGUAGCCGCAUACCUCUGCAAAAGAAUUCAACGAGUCAAGCGGGCCAGGCGCAAUGGCUGGAAGUAUUCGCGAGUACCCACACAAGGCGGUGCACCUGCAAUCGGAACGGUUCCAAACAAUUCCAGUACACCCGGCUUCCAGCCCGCACCGCAGUCCGAAACGGACUGCCUCGUCAGAGCAUCGUCCUCCGACGAAUCGUCCUCAGAGGCCUCCACAGAUCAACCUGCAACUAUUCAGGUCGAGACCGAGAUGAUGAACAAGACGGGUCCCAAGAACAGCCGGAAGUUCGUCGAGCAGGAGACCGACGAGGAGUUAUUGCAGUAAAAAUGUACAAGCAACGUCAAGCUCCUUCCCGUUAAUGUCUGUCAUCUUCGCCCAAGGCUUCAAUGAGCUCCCGGCACUCGAACGGAAGUGUUCUGUCUUCGCCGGGGGCAUCUGACUCCACUCCUCGGCUUGAAUUGACGGGAGGGGUUUGUAGCAUGAGCACAGGUCGCGAACGAAAAACUCCGAUAUAAUCGAUGACAAUCGGUUUCAGGCUGUGGAGAGGCAGUCUCCGAGAUUUUUCAGAAUCAUCUUUCAGUCCCGAUCACUGUCAGCAGCGUCGGUAUCGCCUCGGGGACACGGAGGUCUCAUAUCACGUCUGCG